AUGGCCUCGCAACAGCAACAACAACCCUACGUGGCGGUUGCCGAGCGCAAGCAAGCCGAGUUGGCUGCUGCGAUUCCUACAGAAUGGCGACUACCGGCACACAUUAUUCCCGCGGGGAUGCUCUCAAUCGCCGAGUCAAUCACCGAGGGUCCCAAGCAGUAUCGCCGAGUCAACGUGAUGGAAAUCCCUCGUACCUGUGGGCUUCUCAGCUCUAAGGAACUCGAAAUCACCGAGAAAUACGAUGUCCGCGGGUUGGUGGCCGCGAUGACCGAGGGUAAACUCAAGGCGGAAGAGGUGGUACGCGGGUUCUGCAAGAGAGCAGCCAUCGCCCAGCAACUCACUCGAUGCCUGACCGAACCCCUCUUCGAUCGUGCCAUUCGCCGAGCUCAGGAAUUGGACGACCAUCUCCAGCGUACCGGUAAUCCCGUUGGGCCCCUACACGGUCUCCCCGUCUCAGUGAAGGACUCAUUCCACGUCGAGGGUGUCGACUCCAGUAUCGGUCUUUCUGCAUUGGCAUUCAAGCCCGCAAAAGUCAAUGCCGACCUCGUGAACCUGCUCCAAUCCCUCGGUGCCAUUAUCAUCGCCAAGACAAACGUCCCCCAAACCCUCGCAACACUCGAUAGCUGCAAUCACCUCUUCGGUCGCACGCUCAACCCGCUCAACCGCCAAUGGACGGCUGGUGGUAGUACCGGUGGUGAAGGUGCCUUGCUCGCUAUGUGCGGAUCGAUGGUUGGGUUCGGUACCGACAUUGGCGGAAGUAUUCGGGUGCCUGCGAUGUGCCAGGGGAUUUAUGGUUUCAAGCCGAGCCAAGGCCGCGUACCCUUCGGUGGUCAGGAAAGUGGUCAGCUUGCCGGUAAGGGUCGGAUAGCCCUGCAGGCUGUUGCCGGUCCACUAGCCCGCUCGGUCGCAGAUCUCGCAGCCGUUAUGGCGGAAAUCGUGCCUCGUGCGGAACUAUUUGGCGAGGAUUGCAUUCCGGGCUAUUGGCCUGCGCCUUCUGUCCCGAUUUCUUUGGCUCGUCCGCGGAACUUCACUAUUGGUAUACUCAAGACAGAUGGCCUUGUCACUCCCUUGCCCCCAAUUACCCGCAUCUUAGAUGAAGUCGCUCAGCAUCUGCGCCAUACUCCCGGUGUCGAAGUUGUUGAGAUUCCCGUUCCACCCGUUCUAUCAAAAUGCCAGGGCCUCGCGGGUCGCCUCAUGGGCGUGGAUGAUGGUUCCACCAUGCUCGAUCUUGUUGAGGGCCAAGGGGAAGCUUUGAUACCCUGGCUGCAGGGUCGGAUGAAGCGCGGCAAGGCACUCACCAUCGAUCAAUUGGCACAGCUACAGGCUCGACGUGCAGAGGUUGAGAAAGAGAUGCUGAAGAUGUGGACUUUGAACGCGGGUCAUACUCGACGUGUUGACGCUAUUGUGUGUCCCGUCGCACCACACCCGGUUCCCGAGCUCGAUCGGUACAAUGCUGUUGGGUAUACAUCGACCUUUGUGAUGCUGGAUUAUCCAGCUGGCACGGUCCCUGUGCGGCCAUUUGCAGAGUCCGACUUGGAGUUGGGCAAGACUAUGGAUGUGCCUACGUUGGGAAGCUGGGACAAGGCCAACCGCAAACUAUGGGAUGAGAAAACGGUUGACCGUCACGUGUACCUGGAUUCGCCGCUUAGUGUCCAGGUUGUCACGCCGAAGCUACAUGAUUAUGAACUUUCCCAGGCCAUGGAAAUCAUUGAUCGGGCAGUGCAGGGAGGCCGUUCUCCCAUUGCCAAGCUUUGA